GGCCCCCGGAAGGGCAAUGCUCUAUCCCAAAGAAGGGCUGUGCUUUGGGUGUUAUGUUGGGCAAGGGGCUCCACAGAGGUGGAGUCCAGGGGGGCCACUGUCUUGAGACGUGGAAAGGGACCUUGCCCCGCCCUUUUUCUAAGAAGGGGAGAACUGGUUCAAACCCAGGCGGGAGCUCACUGCAUCACCCCCUUCCCCGGCCAGAUGACCAUCCCGGCCCCCCCGGCUCACACCUGGAGACAUCCCCGCCCCAAAGCAGCCCUCACCCCUGGCAUUGUCCGCCUGUCCCACCAGCCUGAACUACACUUCCCGAGGGUUUUCCUUGCCAGUGAAUCGUGUAGAGUACACUGCCAGUCUCUUGUCUUCUCUUCACCAUGGCUUCUUCUGUCCCAUGAAGCUGAGGUCUUGAAGCAGCUUGCUGAGAAACGGGAGCACGAGAAAGAAGUGCUUCAGAAAGCGAUAGAGGAGAACAACAACUUCAGUAAAAUGGCGGAAGAGAAGCUGACCCACAAGAUGGAAGCCAACAAAGAGAACCGGGAGGCACAAAUGGCUGCCAAACUGGAGCGUUUGCGAGAGAAGGACAAGCACAUUGAAGAAGUGCGGAAGAACAAAGAAUCCAAAGACCCUGCUGAUGAGACUGAAGCUGACUAAUUUGAUCUGAGAACUGACUUUCUCCCCCUCCCCUUCCUAAAUAUCCAAAGACUGUACUGGCCAGUGUCAUUUUACUUUUGCCCUCCUGACAAAUAUUCUAGAAGCUGAUGUAGGACUGUAUAGGUAGAUCCAGACGGUAUGAUGUUGUUCUAGGGGCUAAAGGGGAGAAACGAAAAGUGUUUUACUCUUUUUCUAAAGUGUUGAAGUCUUUCUAAUGUAGCUAUUUUUCUUGUUGCAUCUUUUCUACCUCAGUACACCUGGUGUGCUGGGUUAAUGGCUAGUACUGUAUUGGCUCCGUGAAAACAUGUCUGUGAAAAGAGUAUGUAGUGGCUUCUUUCAAAUUGUUAGAUGCUGAUUAUCUGUUCACUUUUAAAUCCCAAUUCUGUCCCGAUCUUACAGACGCUACUGUACUUGAAUGGUUAAUAAAGCUGCACAGUGCUGUUGGUGGCA